GAAAUGGGCUGCCUCCCAGGCCCUGUCCUGCAUCGUCCUCUACCCUCAUGUUCUGGGACAAGCGUCUCUCUGGAUUCAUUUGGCAUAAGCCAUAGAAGCAGAGUGUGUCUGUGUGCAGGGACUCAGAUCUGGUCUGGAAGGUCCCCUGGGCCUGAGGUCUCUGCAGUCCCAUCCUUCAGGGAGAGCAGAGCACGGCCCUGGGAGGGGCUGUUCCCCUUCCUGUGAGAAACUGCUUAUGAGGAAACCAUGAAGUGGCACACAGAGACUGGAUCUUGUCACACCCCGGUCGUCUGUCUGUCCUUCAGGGUUCUGUGGACUUUAUAAGUCGUCUGCACCACUGGGGACCAUGGGAGGCAGCAUCAGGAACGCAACCCUCUCUGCCCUCCUCUGCCUCGCGCUGUGUCGGGGCCUGUGGAACCAGGUGCAGGCAGGAGUCACCCCCAAACCCUCCAUCUGGGCUGACCCAGGACCCGUGGUCACCUGGGGGAGCCCUGUGACCAUCUGGUGUCAGGGGUCACUGCAGGCUGACGUCUACCAUCUGUAUAGAGAGGAGGUCUACAGCCCCGUGGGUAUAAAGGCCCCACAGGACUCCAGCAACAAGACCAGUUUCUCCAUCGAAUCUGUGAGCUCACAGACUGCAGGGCUGUAUCAGUGUGCCUAUCACAUCCGCAGGAACAGCUGGUCAGAGCGCAGUGAUCAGCUGCGCCUAGUGGUGACAGGAAUGUACAGCGCACCCUCCCUCUCAGCCCACCCAAGCCCUGUGGCGGCAUCAGGAGUGAAUGUGUCCCUCUUGUGCAGCUCAAAGAACACAUUUGGCACUUUCCAUCUGCUGAAGGAGGGAGGAGCUGAUCCUCCCCGACACGUGGAAUCGAGGAUCCAUCAUUGGAGGGAGCCGGCUGUCUUCCCUGUGGGCCCAGUGAACACCUCCCAUGGGGGGACCUACAGAUGCUAUUAUAAUCCCCACUCCUACCCAUAUGUGUGGUCACACCCCAGUGGCCCUCUGCAUCUUGAGGUCACAGGCGUGUACAGGGAGCCCUCCCUCUCAGCCCACCCAGGCUCGCUGGUGCUCUCUGGAGACAACCUGACCCUCCAGUGUCGCUCAGAGGCCGGCUUUGACAGAUUCGCUCUGACCAAGGAUGAGGGACUCACACCCCCGGAGCAUCUUCAUGGGCGGCACAGCCCUGACUUCCCCUUGGGCCAUGUGAACCACACCAACGGGGGCCAGUACAGAUGCUACGGUGGACACAACCUCUCCCACGUGUGGUCAGCCCCGAGCGCACCCCUGGACAUCCUGAUCAUGGGGAUGUACAAGAAACCCUCCCUCUCAGCCCAGCCGGGGCCCUCAGUGUCCUGGGGAGAGAACGUGACCCUGCGGUGUCGCUCUGAGAUCUGGUUCGAUACCUUCCAUCUGUCCAAGGAGGGGUCACCUGCUCCUCCCCAGCUCCUUCAUCUGCAGGACACGGCCGCCCCCUUUCAGGCCAACUUCACCAUCGGUCCUGUGACCUCAGACCACGAGGCGACCUACAGGUGCUACGGUUCAGACAGCACCUCCCCCCACCUGUUGUCACUGCCCAGUGACCCCCUGGAGCUCCAGAUCUCAGGUCCAGAUACAUUUGUGCUGAGUGGAGACAGCUGGGGAGGACUCAGGGCUGACAAAAGGAGAAAAGGCCAGAGGCACCGCCUCCUGAUCCUCCUCCAGUGUCCAGUCCUAGAAGCCCCUCACCCAGAGACAGAAGAACGUUGCCUAGAAGAGGCUGAUCCCCAGGGGCCCAAGACGACCCGCCCUGACAUGGCUUGUCUCCCAGGGGGGCUGAGGUGGGCAGAGAUACGGGGAGCCAUGGGGCUUCAGGGGCUGUGAGGCUGGGCGGACAGCAGAUGGAGCAUCAUGGCAGAGGGAGACGUUGGCACCCAGCCGGGGGCAGUGGCAGCCAGGCUGAAGUGAGGAGAAUGGCAGCCCCCCUCACCUCCCAUCCUGAUCUGGCGGUGGCUCUGAGAAUCGGCCCCUCACCCAGAGUCAGGCACAAGGAGGGGUAGGUGAGGGUCUCUGUGGGGAGGCGGUGCGUGGGAGGGGCUCAGGUCUGGUCUUGGCUCAGUCCCUUUCUGAGAUGGUGACCUGAGGAAAGUUCCUCCUUCUCCUUGGGACCAGUUUCUCCGAUUGCGCGGUCCAAGAAGGCUGCGUGGACAGAGUGUGGGGACAGAGACGGUGUCUGAGCUCUCCUCCACACGCUCAGGGGCGCAGCCCGUCCAGGAGGAGCCGUGGAGUUGGGGCAAGGACACCCCCGGGUUCAAACCCCAAUGCUGCUACUGCCCACCUGUGGGACCUUGGACGAAGCACACUGCUCUCCGAGCCCGAGGGUCCUCUCUGCACAGCAGGCCUCCACCAUGCCCCUCAGAGAGAAAGCCCUCAGCCUGGGGCCUAGCCCCGAGAGCUCAGGGAGGACAGCCCUCCCUCCUGCCCUUCCCAGACGCACACACUCCAUGUGCACACAGGCCCCCAUUGUGGGUGCCAGCCCUCUGCAGAGUAAGGGACGGACGUGGGCUGGGAGAGGGGGGUGGGGGAGGGAUUGUGUUUGCAGGACAGGUCUCUGCCUCGUGUUCUGCCUGGAGAGUAAGGGCACAGCAUAAAAAAUGAUAAUAGAAAACAAGGGAACCCACCAUUCUGGAUUCCAGUCCCAGCUCUGCCACUUCAGGCUGGGUGACCUGGGCACAUGAUUUACCUCUCUGUGCCUCAAUUUUUUUCAUCUGUAAAGUAGGUGGUUUGCAGAUGCUGCACGACUGUUCCAAGGGUUAGAGAUGAAUGCACAGACCCUAGCACGUGUGUGGCACACAGUACGUGCUCAAUUAAACGUCAUCAUUGGCCUAUGUGUGUCGUCACUCAUGCCCAAGGUUUCAAGUGGUACCUGAAGCCUCUGAUCUGGGUCUCAGUGGCCUUUGUCCUGUUGCUCUCCCUCCUCCUCCUCCUCCUCCUCUUCCGGCACCGGCGUGAGGGCAAACACAGGA